AUGACCAACAAACCACUCUUACCUCCCAUCAACAGCCUUCUCAAAGAAGGUGGCUUGAGAUCACACUCAGAGCCUUGCUCGCCAUUCUUUAUUCCUGGCAAGCUCAACUCCUUCAAAACAGAUGAUCAAGGAGUGAUCAAACUUCCGCCUUUGCUGAAUGCUCAACAGCUACAAACUCCGGCCCACAACCCCUUCACUAACAAUAGUGACUUUACCACAUCGUCGCGGCCAGCAUCGGCUUUAAGUUCUGUUACACCUCGCACAAAUCUAAAGCGGGCAAGAUCAUGCUCUGGCGCCAUCGAGAUGUCGCCUCUAUCGCUCAAGAGUAAUACUGCAAAUAUCCCUGAGACGCCCAACGUUUCCUUCAAGAAACAAGCCGCGAGAAGGAGUCAGAGUUCGCUUAUGACACCUACAUCCUCAAUCAAAGCUCAACAAAAUGAAAAUAAGAAAGCAUUCGCCUUUAUUUCCCAUUCACAGGACACGUUUCCAUCGAAGGAACCUUCGAUCGACAAUGCUCCACUCGCACGUCGCAAAAGAAGAAGAACUUCGAAGCAUGAAUUGAACAUUCUACAAGCAGAGUUUGAAAUGUGCGCGACUCCUGAUAAACAGAAACGCGUUGAAUUGUCUCGUCGCUGUAACAUGUCCGAGAAAGCAAUUCAAAUCUGGUUUCAAAACAAAAGACAAAGUGUCAAAAGACAACAAAAGGUUACGUUUACUACCACACCUACGGUACAAGCCGAGAAAACCAAGGUUUUCAAUGAUCAGACACCAUUAUCGGCUCAGUCCCGUCGCUCUUCGCAUAAGGGUUCUGAUGCGGAUACUCCACCUCCACCGAUGCUGGAUACCUCUAGAACUAUUGUGGAAACUGUCACGACGAAGGGAGCAAUGUCAACACCAACUAAACAACCGCUAACACAACAAGGCACACAGGGGAUGCUCUCACUUUCCGUCUAAAAAGUGAUACUAAGGUCCUGACACCUAUAAAGACUUCACCAAAUAACAGAGUUAACAAAUUGAUUAAUGGUGGAUUGAAAUCUUCACCUUCGAUUGAAAAUAUCUCUCCUACUAGGAAGGGGAAAGCAUACAGAGCCUUUACUGGGAACAAUACAGGCCACGUAUUGAAAGAAAUUAAUGUGAACACGAUGUAA